AGUGUUGUUUUCAAGCUUUACGAUAUCGGUUGGUUUUUAAUUUCGCGAAUCAUUUUUUUGCAACUUAAAGUAAGAAAUGGUUUUAUUUAUUCUUCUUCUUUCAAGCAGUAAAAAUAUUUUUUAAAGUAUAAAAUUGUGGUUAAAGAAUGUUGAAGAAUUUUACUUCUUAUGUUCAGCAAAUCAAUAAAAGUGAUGGAGUUUAACUAAAGUGAAUGGAAGAGAAAUAUUCAAAUGCAUGAAAGCUAAACAAGAAAGAAAAAAAGAAAAUCUAUAAAUCGGAAUAAUUUUUCUUGCAAAUUUUCUGCUUCUAAUCAAGUGACUACGUGGAGUGAAACUUAAUGAAUGAAAAUACAUGAAAGCCAGAAAGAAAAAUUACAUGUGAAACGUUUUAUGCAAAAGUAGUCAUAAAAAAUCGAAUAGUGACGAAAAAGUAAUAAAAAAUAAAUUUUAAAAAUAUUUUUAAGCACGACUUUGGAUAAAUUUAUACCCGCUUUGACUUUCAUUCAACUUUAAGUUUUAUCAGUUCAUUGUUCCACUUAGAAUUUAUAAUAAAACCUUAAACUUCUAUGGAUUAAAGCCAGUCAUCUUAAAGCAGUGAUUUAUUUGAAGAAAAUAUAUUUUUUAAAUAAAAAAGAUAACAACAUGCGGUCGAGGAUUGUUGUGUAGCAUCAAACAAUUUCAGCAGUUCAUUGAUCCAACUGAUAUCAUCAUUUUGACAUCGACUUUUGUGUUGUGUAGGUGAUAGUAAAAUUCAUAAACAAUGAGUACAAAAUCACCUGGGCCACAACGAUGUCGGCUCAUUUUAAAACAAUGUUUAGCCAUUCAACUGAGUAAAGCUGGAAAUGCGCCAGAAGACUUCUGGAUGUACGAUUCUGGUUAUAUGAUUUUCCAGAAUUUUCUGGCAGCAAACUCGCAAUGUUGGUGGAAUACUCCAUUGACAGCUGCAACGAGAGCGCUUAAAUAUGCUGGUCAUGUCGCCCCUGGCAUGCUUUUAGUGACAGCUGAACCAUGCGCAUUAGAAAUCUUACGUGGUGCCUAUGCACGAAGUGUCUUAAAACCUCCAGCAACAUACACAAUUAACGCAGUCGGCGAUAUUGAUGACUGUAUCGUAACAACGAUUCAACAAACACAAUUCACACCUCUGACAGAGGCCAUUUGUGAUGUCAUUAUGGAUCUUACACAACGCGGUCAAUCAGCUACUCUCGAGACGAUUAAAAAGUUUCUCUCACUGCGCUUUGCACACAUGCAACAACCUUCGAACGAUAUCAUAUACGACACGCUUGUGCAAUUACAACAAGAGCGAAAGAUUUAUCAAACAUCUAAAGGGUACUUCAUUGUUACGCCUGAACGACGACGAAGUCGUUCAAGAGCAGCGCGUAAUCAAAUGUCCCUCGAUGAAGAGUUAGUAUUGAACGAUAGAAUUAAAUCGCCACAUGAAUCACGCACAAUGUUGAUGACAAAUUCAGAAGCAAUACAUAGUCUGUACGGUGAAAUAUCUACGGAGCGCGAUGGUGAUUUAACACAUCAGUGCAUCCAGACGAACCUUGCCGAUGUCAUUUGUGGUGGAAAUCCCAAUGAUAAAAUUUUAUACCCGCGUUCAGCAAAGCGUCGAAGUGCCUCGUUUCCGACACCUCGUAGCUUAGAGCGCCGCCAUAGCCUUCGACUUUUUGGGUCAUCGAAGCGAUUGCAGCGAUGUCAAUCAACAAAAAGUCUCACGAAGACAACAAGCAAUAAUCCACCGAAUGUUGUCAUGGAAAGCAGCAACUCGGAAUAUAAUAGUACGGACUCUUCAUCACCCAAAAAAAGUGCCUCUCUACUCUCGCGAAUUUUCCGACGGAGCUGCCGAAGUUCGAAAAAACUCGAAACAUUUUCUGCUCAGUUUCCACCUCGCGAAUGGUUCAACUCAAAAGCUGUUCAUUUGCAAAGUGUUGGAACACAAACUUUGGAUCAUAAUGAUUCAUUAUCAAAUGCCAUUUCUUAUUAUGACGGUUCUGAAAUCUCGCAACGAUCGAUGACACUACCACGCCAACAUCACCGCCGUAAUCUAUCAAGCGAAUCAACAUUUUUAUUGUCGUCACGCGAUUGUUCUCCGAUUCGAAGACGUUCUCCAGCAAUUUGUUAUGGUGGAAGUUUGCCUCGUUCAACACAUUCAAUUCCCGGACGAUCGCCAAAAAGAACGCCUUUAAGUAAACAAGUUAUUGAUGAGAAUAAUCGGACGUUGGCAAAAAGUGGAGAAAUUUACAAUAAAUCAUCGUUAUCUGGUCAACAUGAGACGCAAUUAAGUCAGCGAUUCCCGUCGAGUCGGAAUAAUUAUAGUGGACCUUCCAGUCUAGAAAGUGGUAAAACAUCAUCUUUAGUCACAUCAGGUCCAUCUUCCAUCGAUAGCGGUAAUAAAAGUCUGUCGCUCAGUAGAAAUAGCGGACAUUCAAGUCUAGACUCAGCUCAUGGUUCAGUUACAACUGUUGCUCAAGGUCAAAGUUCACCGAAAAGUGCAGCUAAACACAAACUCAUUAAGUCAAGUGGAACAUCAACCUCAAAGGUCACAACAUCAACAUCAUCUAGUGGAAUGAAAUCGACAUCAUUUGAAGAUAGUGCGAUGAAUUCUCGUACACUGCCUAAUUCUAACUCAAAUGGAUCAAUUACACUUCAAGUGACAAACAACAGCAAUGGUACAUGUUUACCAAACACGAAAAUCUUUGUACAAAACUCGCCAGUUCGAACAUCAAUAACAUUUGAGAAUGGAAAAUUUAUUGAGAAUUCGAAUGUCUUCGUGAUUAAUAAUGAAACGACGACAAAUUCAAAAGGAGAAGUCGUUGCUAGUCGAAAGACGCUCAUGAACAAUCCGUCGUCGCCAUUGAAACAACCGAGUCAAAGACGACCAGAGAAGCCGCGAACAUUUGGUAAUGGAAAAGAAAAUUGCUUCAGUGAAAACGAUGAAGCAGCAAGUGAAACUGGAGAUUCACUUUCAAUGAUAAGUGAGACAUCGCCUGACUCAAGUUUAAUUCCUUAUGUUGACGAUGAUGUUGUGGAGCCUGGUUCAAGGCGAGAGAAUAAAGUACAAAGUCCAGAAAGCCCACGUAACACCAAAAAUUUUGAUGAUUCUCUCAACAAUCGAAAGCUUUCGCUUCAAAUUGGAUCGCCUGAGAAGAGUGGUGGCAAUAACACUGUUGUGUACAAUAACAUGUUAAAGAAUCAUUACAAUCAGCAGACAAAUGCAAUUAUCUCGCCGGUAAUACAACAUAACAACAAUAAAAUGAAUAUGUUCUCGUAUGAGAACUCAGGUUCCGUUGGAAACUUGAAAGUCGAGAAGUCGAGUUGCAAUUAUCUCAACUCAAAUCCAACCAUAAAUUCCGACUCUCUGCUUAAUAUUUUCCAUAAAAAUAUUAUAGCUGUUGGCAGCGAACCAAACUUGAUAACGAUGAAUAAGCCGAAUGACAACGGUAUGCAAAAAAUCAAUAAUUGCAUUAAAGAUUCACCAACAUCGCCUGAAGAGAAAACACCGACAAUGGAGACGAAGCAAGAACUUUAUAGCUUUCCCAGUUUAACUGAUUUGAGUUUUAACUUUACGUCACUUCAUGCGCAGAAGAUUCUUAAAGGCGGAAUGAGUGUUAAUAACAGCAUCGAUACACUCGUUGAACUUGACAUAAACAAGCCUAGCAACCACAAGAGUAACAGUAAUCUCUCACCAUCAACCACAAUCUGUACAGACUUCGGAAUGGUUUAAAAUGAUUUCUUAUAAGUAUAAAUGAUUCUAUCGUCCGUCAAUAUUAAAUAACAAGAUAUUAUUAAACAAAAGAAAAAGCUUGUAGUUUUUCCAAACUAAUCUACUGUUUAACUAUAUUGCAAUCCAACUUUCUUAUCCGGAUUUGAUCUUUAAAUCCGCAUUGAGAGUGCAAGCAAUACUAAUCAGAUAUUAAUCGAGGAUAACCAAUUUAAAUUAUUUGCAAUCUAUGUAAAUAUCUUCUCUUAACACGAUAAGUGAAAAGAAAUCUUAAAUAAGUUUUAGAUGCAAAUGUGUAAAGUGCCAAAUGAUCGAAACAAUUUUGUUCGUUCGUUGACCCAUUUUAAUUCUUUCGAGACAUUUUAUCAUGAAUUAAAAAUAAAAAAACAAUUUAAACGUUUGUAAAUAAAAUCUUAAGCAAUAAGCAAAAGAAAAUUAAUAAAACGAAAACAAAAAAAAAAUCUUUUUUGAAUGAAA